AUGUUGUCAAAGCAGUGGAACGCAAAUAAACAGAUCUCUAGGCAGAUCUACCAGCUAUACAGAGGUCUGGCCCACAAGACCACUUCGGUGAGUUUAGAGGAGGCCAAACCCUAUGCUGAUAUUCCGGGACCAAGCAAAUUGCAAUUGAUACGAGCUUUUCUGCCGGGCGGUCGCUAUAGGAAUUUGCCGGUUCACGAAAUGCUUCUCGACAUGAACCGUCAAUAUGGCAGCAUCUUUCGGAUGCCCAGCGUCGCAGGAACUGAUAUGGUGCUCACUAUGAAUCCCGAGGACUAUGAAGUUGUCUUCCGAAACGAGGGUCAGUAUCCAUAUAGAAGGAGCUUCGAGGUAAUGGACUAUUUCAAGAGGGUUCACCGGCGUGAGGUGUUCGAUGGCUACGAUGGCUUGACCUCGGGAAAUGGACCGGCCUGGGGAAAAAUGCGUACUGCUGUAAAUCCAAUUCUAUUGCAACCUCGGAAUGCUAAGCUUUAUAUGAAGAAUUUGCUGCAAGUCAGCGAUGAGUUUCUCGAGCGCAUUCGAAAUAUUCGCGAUCCUGUAACCCAAGAGAUGCCAGAUGACUUUGCCGUAGACAUUCGUCAUUUGGUGAUCGAAUCAAUAUGCUCCGUCUCCUUGAACGCCCAUCUUGGUUUAUUGGGAGAGCAGCGAGAUAACAAGGAUAUUCAGAAGGUGGUCUCAGCUCUGCAGGAUGUUGUGGAGCUGGGUUUCCAGCUGGACAUGAUGCCGGCCUUUUGGAAGUAUUUGCCAAUGCCCAAUUUCAAGAGGCUAAUGCGUUCGUUGGAUAUCAUUACGGACUUUUGCUAUUUCCACAUAGAAAACGCUUUGAAGCGGAUUGAAGAGGAUGCCAAGGCGGGAAAACUCAACGAGAUUGGGUUGGAGAAAAGCCUGCUGGAGAAACUGGCCCGUUUUGAUCGGCAAACAGCUGUGAUUAUAGCCAUGGAUUUGCUAUUUGCCGGGGCGGAUCCGACCCUUGUAUCCCUGGCUGGAAUCCUGCUGAGUCUGUCCAAGAGCCCCGACAAACAGGCUCGACUGCUGGAGGAGAUCAGGGAAAUACUGCCCAACAAGGACUCGCCACUGACCAUGGAGAACAUGAACAAUCUGCCCUAUCUGAGGGCCUGCAUCAAGGAGGGCAUUCGCAUGUAUCCCAUUGGGCCGGGAACCCUUCGCCGAAUGCCCCACGAUGUAGUGCUCAGUGGCUACAGGGUGAUAGCUGGAACGGAUGUGGGAAACGCGGCCAAUUACCAGAUGGCCAACAUGGAGCAGUUCGUGCCAAAGGUGCGGGAAUUCAUUCCAGAGCGAUGGUUGCGCGAUGAAUCCAAUGCGAACGCCCAUUUGGUGGGCGACACUGCCACGCCCUUCAUGUACCUGCCCUUUGGCUUUGGGCCAAGAGCCUGUGCUGGCAAGCGGAUCGUGGACAUGAUGCUGGAGAUAGCCAUUGCCCGGCUGGUCAGGAACUUUCAGAUCGGAUUCGACUAUCCCAUCGAAAAUGCCUUUAAGGCCAAGUUCUUUGUGCAGCCAAAUAUUCCCUUUAAGUUUAAGUUUGUGGAGCGCAGCGAUUGAUGUCCUUGAUUUUUACAUUUCAUAAGCACACUCAGGAAAAAGACGACA